AUGUCCGACAUAGAAUCCCAGAGGCAGCAGAUCAUAUCCUCUGUUUUUGCCAGGCGCAAUGCAAACGGUUCAGACGAAACUUAUGUCUGCCAUCUCAAGAUCUGGGAGGACGCAGGCGACGCAGGAGGACGCAAACCUCGCUACAUACUCUUAUCACAAUCAAACAGCGAGGGUGGCUUUAUGCACAAGUCUAAACUCAACGCAAACGGUACCUUUUCGGUAGGCAAAACCUGGCGGGUCCGAGAGCUGCGUGCUCUCCAGGUGGUCAACCCACUCUCGCUUAAUAUCACACUUUCACGCAGAUAUACAUGGGACACUGAAAGUAGAGAAGAGCAAGCGCAGUUCCUCGAAGCACUCGUCAGACUGUUUCGGACUACAGUUGGUCCCGCAGCGCCUCUCCACUUGGAGGGCGUAAAUGACUAUGAAUCCCAAGAUGCCCGGCAAUACCAGAGGAGCGCAGGCCCAUCGACGUCUUCGGCCACACUUGCUUCUUCGAGCAGCCAAUUUACCACUAGGAAUAGUGACUAUGAAACCGCUAGAACCAACCCUUCUCCAGCUCGAUCAAACAUCCGUAAUGGCACUCCCUCCAACCAACAGUCGCUCCAGCCGCCAGAGGCCAGAGAACGCACAAUAUCUGCACGUUCCCGCGACGGUGGCCGAAAUCGUCCACCCUCGAUCACCGUACCUCCUCUCGCCCCUGCUCCCACCCCUCCGAGGCAAACGCGGAGACCGUCCAACGCGGCUUCUACCCACAGUCAAACCACUUCACAGAUUUCCCAAGCCUCGCAACCACGACCCCAAGCCGUUUCCAGCACAUUCUCCAGGGAUUCGCGCGCCAGUGGAAGCACUCGUGAGGCGACUUAUUCCCAGAUUUCUCAGUCAUCAGACACCAUCCCACCACGAUCGAGUGAUGCUUCCCCGGUUCCUUCCCAACCCACAAGAAAAUAUACCGCACGUUCUGAAGCAUUUCCAGUCGAAAACACACCGUCACGUCGUGAUCAGAACGUCCGAAUCUCUUACUUUGAUCCCACAAACCAAGCAUCGCUAGAUCGUCUCCUUGCUCAAAACACCGACAGUCAGAUCGAUAUUGAUGGCGAGGAAGAGAGUGCUCGAGCUACACUAACCAAUGUCGAGGAGAUGAUUGAAGGUUAUGAGUGGGCCAGCGACGAUGUGAUCGGUCGGAAGUCCACUCGAGGUGCUGUAGAUUUGAUCCAGGCGAGACUUUUGGACGAGUUGACCGCCCUCGAGAAGGCCAACGUGCACUCCUUCCUCGAAAGUGAUGAUCGAAUCGGUAUCGUUAUGAAGUUUCUGGAUGAGGCAAUUACGGAGCUCGACAAUAUGGACAGCCUGAUUUCCUCUUACAAAAUUCACCUGAAUGCUGUCAGCGAAGACAUCCUCUUCAUCCAAUCUCAGAACAGAGGUUUGCAAGUUCAGACUCAGAACCAACGCGCUCUCCUGCAAGAGAUUCAGAAUCUCCUACGCACAGUUCAUGUCGAUCAAGACGCGUUGAUAACCCUUACGCAAGGAUCCCUCGAAAAGGCACAAAGUAUACAACGAUUGGAAGAAGCUGCGGCCGAGCUUUACAAGGCUUUGCAAGCUGGAAGAGACACUGACAUGGCUGCCACUAUGGAGCGAUUGCAAGAAUACCGAACACAUAACGCUCAGUUCUGCAAGCGCAUGUUUGACUUCUUGACCAUCAUGUUCACAGCCCAGUCCAAGCUACUUAUCGGGGACACCAGCGGGUUGUCGAAAUCGGCCAGAGGGUAUCCACUGUUACUCGAGCACCAGGCUAUUGAAGAGUAUCUUGGCCGCUAUGCUGGGCUGAUGCUGUACCUCAAAGAGAUGGACGAGAGUGUCUAUGCCAAAUUGUGUGCAUCAUAUUUUUCAACAGUCAGUGAACUGCAUCAAACGCAGAUCACUGGUCUUUUGUCGGCCUACCUCGGGUUGAUCAAAAAGGCUCAGGACGACGAGCAAGAUGCCAGCGGGUUUGCAGGAAGUGGUCCUCCACUUUCGAAGAGUGCUGCUGGUAUGAGGCGAGCAGGAACCAUUCUUCGUUCGCCAUUGGAGAAUCGACGAGACAAAGAAAAGCCGGUGGAUGGCGAGCUCCGCGCUUCUGUCGCAUUCGACCUAGCUCUGGAACAGAUUCAGGCAGCGGUAUACCGCGAAUUUGACUUUAUUACCGACUUCUUGCAGAUCAAUGAUGCUGGCCUCACGUUUGCGGAUUACAUGGGACUUGACAGCUACUUUCGACGACAGGCGGCUCGAGCAGCUGGUCUAAGCCAGACUACGCUAAAGCUGAUUCGGAAUGCGAUGGAUCUGAUUUUUGGUUUCUUGCCUGCCGAGUUGAAGACGUGGCUGGAUAAUGCAAUUGCUAAAGAUAACAUCGAGAUUGUUGGGAUUCUCGUGACGCUUGAGCGGUACUUCGCUUCUGCGGAACAGAAGAACACCAAUUUCUUGCUGAAUCUUUUGGACAAGCAGCAAACGCGACUCAAGACGGCAUUCGAGCGGCAUAUUAGCGAUCAAUUGAAGGGCAUUGAGCAGACCAGGCUGGUCGGCAAGAAGCGCAGAGGGGUUACCCAUUUCAUCAAGUACUUCUCUUCAUAUGUGACUCGGGUGGAAAACCAGCUUGGUGGUGCCGAAGGUUUCGAGAUCCGAACAUUGGUUGACUCUGGUUAUGAAAAGAUUGUUCAGGCCAUGUUUGAGUCACUAAAGCAGCUCGCCAAAUUGGAAGGCGAGGGGGAAGACAAGGGUCAGCUGAACUAUCAUAUCAUCAUGAUUGAAAACAUGCAUCACUUCGUGACGGAAAUAUCCAAGAUGGAGCUCGGGGCGACUCGAAACUUUGCGCAACGUGCCCAGUCUAUUUACGACGAAAACCUCAAUGCAUAUAUCAAGGUACUUAUGCGCAGACCACUGGCGAAGCUAGUUGACUUCUUCGAUGCAGUGGAACGUGUUGGUCAAGACCCAGGUGCCCUCGCGGCCAACAGCAACUACAGCAAAUCCUCGCUUAAGAAAGUCGUGAAGGAGUUCAAUGCGAAGGAUAUGCGGAAGCACAUUGACGGCAUGUUUAAGCGCGUCGAGAAACACUUUACGGAGGAUGGGACUGAGGAGAUGGUGGCCAUCGUGUGGAAGGCAUGCGAACAAGGACUAGUGAACAUGACCGGGCGCAUCGGAGGACUCAUUUCGCAACACUACGGCGACAGCGGGGUCACUUUGGAGUUUACCAAAACGGACAUUGAGUCGGCUUGCAGAAAGCAACUUUGA